CAAAGGGUAAGUGACAAAGAAUUGUUUCUCUCGGGCGCAACACGAACAAACACGGUUAGGCCAGGCCAAGCAGCUGAGGGCGCUGCGACUCAGCAUUGCUUACGUUUUAUCAGGAUGAGAAACCUAUGCCUGAAAAUAGAUUCUGAAUCUUCUUUUCAUUUUCUUCUAUAUUUAACCAUUUUAACAGGUCGCCUCUUCUUGUAAUUUAAUAUAUUUUAUAAAUAACAGGCGCUCGCGCUAACAAGCACUCUUAUAUCUGAAAGUAACGCAUAGUGAUUAAGUUAGAGAACUAUUGUUUAAUUUUUAAUUUACGGUAUUAAGUGAAGACGCUAAUCAGUGGUUUCACGAUAAUUUUAUUAAAAUUAAGGGGAUAUACAUUUUAAUAGUGCGAAUAUUUGGCAAAGGUUGAGUGUAGUGAGGGAAUAUAGGGUCCCUAGAUUUGUCCCCGUCAGUUUACACGUAGCAUCCGCUAGGUGUCCUGCAACAUGCGAUCAAAUUGACAUUUGUCUUUUUGUUCUCACGUGGACGAGGCGUACCGUGAUCCCGCGAGACAGCAUUCAUUUCCUAAUAUAGAGAUUCAGGACACGGUGAACAAAGGAAUAAAGUUAUCAUGGUUCGCGUAAUCAGCCAGGAAACCUAUAAUGAAGUUGUUAAUGAAAAUAUCGAGCAAUUUGCUAUGUCUCCUAAAGAAGCUGUAGAAGACGCUGUAAAACAAUUUGAAGCGCAGGGUGUAGACUUGAGCAACAUCAUUAAAGAUUUAAUUCUCAAUGAUGAUACUGAUCUGAUUGCUGGUUAUCUGAAUCAACUGAACAUAGCCUUAAGUGAUAAGAGAUACGAUAAUGUUCCUCACACAUUAGAUAAAUUAAGGAAAGAAUUAGAUAAAGACAUUGCCCGUAGAGUAUUUGCAGGGAAGAAGGGAGGAUACAAUACUCUGAUAAAAAUAAUGAAAUCUUGCCCCAACAAUAACACAGUAAUGAGGUCUGCAUUGAAAACAGUUACCUCAUUGAUGACUGGUAAUCCAGACCUGCUAAAUGAUGAAGGAAUAGCUUUACAAAUACAGAUUCUAGAUAGAAAUACAGACAUUCCAACACUGCAAUGCGUCUUACAUUGGAUAAGAGAAUGUUGUAUAAAGCACGAGCUUAAUAGGCAAGCUAUAUUUAACGCAGAUAUUUUCAAUAAACUCAAAAAGAUAUUGAUGAGGGAUGAUGCAAGCGCAUCUGAGUUGAGGGAUGCUUGUGCAGUGAUUAGAGCUUUGGUAUUAGAUGAUGAUAUAAGGCACGAAUAUGGAAAAGCUCACGAACACGCAAGUGUAAUUGCGAAAGGGGCCUUGAAUGUUCUGACCGGGUUGAUGUCAAAGUAUAGAAAAGACAAGGGGGUUGUAGGAGAUGUAAUGAUAACUUUAGCUGCCUUAAUAGUGAGAAACGAAUUCUGUCAGGAGGUAGAGGAUGCGGGAGGACUUAAAUUUGUAACAGACGUUAUGGUCGACUAUCCAGACUCAGAGAAAUUGAACUGGCAGGCGUUGAAAUUAUUAAAAGCUCUGGCUGGGAACGAUGAUGUCAAGUCCAAUAUCAUUACCUCUGGCUGUGGCCUGUUAAUUGUUUCCGUCAUUAGUAGGAUGAAAGACUCUGAGUGUGUAGUCACGGCUGGACUUGCAUGCAUUUCCGCAUUAACAUUGAGGUGUCCCUCAAACGCUGGUGUGUUUUACGAUUGCGGAGCGCCGCUUGUAAUCAUAGAUUUGAUGAAAGCUUACUCGAAAAGCGUGAGUGUCUUGAAGCAAGCUGCUUGGGCCAUCAGAAACAUGUCCGUGAGAAAUAAGUUAGAGUGUCAAGAGUUUAUUGCGUAUGGUGUAGAGGACGUCUUGACCCGUGCCCUUCAGCAACACGGUUCUAAGCUCGAAAGCGACGUGAACGCGGCUUUGAGAGACCUAGGGUUGAAGGUAGAGCUGAAGGAGAGGUGGACUGGAAAGGGCGUGAACUUGGACAACAAUUAAUCGUGACGACGAUUUGUUCGACAAUGUACCAGACAUCUUUUAUGUGCUUCACAUACAAACGACGAAUAAAUAUCAGAAAAUAAUGACUAACAUUAGUACUUUUUUUGUAGAAUAAUAUACACUGAUAGUCAUAUAUGUACCUCACAUAUAUGUAUAUA